CGACCAGCUGCGGCACAUGCACAUUUUCCCAUCUGCCCUGACGAUCGGGAUUCUGCUCGAGCUGGCAGGCUGCGCUCAUUCUCUACAUUCGAACAACACCAGAAGAAACAUUACAAUCGAACUCGGAGGUUUAUUUACACAGUCGCACAUGUCACUUAAGCACAAAGCAUCCCCAAAGUCGCACAAUUAUGUCCCCCGCGGACAAUCAGCCUGACAGCGUCGCCGCCGCAUCUCCAACCCGACCCAGUUCGGCCUGGACCAACAACUCGCUUUUCGCCGACUCCGCCAUCAGCAUGAGGACCCGGUCACCGGCUCCCCAUGAGAAAGAAUCAAACCCUUCGCAGCCAGAUGGGACACACGACGAAACCGCAAUUGCCGACCGCCUCAACGGCUUGGUCUCUGAAAUUUGGGCCUGCGAGCAGGACGGAGCGAUUCGAGGUGGAAAGAGACGGAGAAUUGAACAAGCCGUGGACGAGAUUGAGGCUGCACUGGAGGACGAGUCGCUCUCUGACAAAGAGAGUGAUUCCGAGACGACGCAGCAAAGUCAAGCUGCGCCCUCACUUCUGCCUCAGACGUCGGGUGCCACAGAGGCCGAUCUUGAGCUUAUCCGCACACACUUGACCUCCACGGUCGAAUCCAUGCGCAUGAGGCAGCAGGAACAACGACACCUGCACCAAUUGACAGUCGAAAAGCUCGAGGCGAUCGCGCAGCGGUGUAUCCAACAAGAACGGCGGGUACGAGAGUUCGCCGAAGAGAUAGUCACCCUGAGGAAGAAGAAUCGCGCCCUGACCCAACAGAAUGAGAGUCUCAACAUCCAGUUGAGUGAGGUCCACUCCGAAUCAGCCAAGAAGGAGACGGCGGUCAAGGCCAUGUCGAGCGCGGUGAGCGGUCUGGAAGGAUGGAUUAAUGGUUCUCCCACACCAGACCGAACUUCUCAUCCCCGGAAAAUUGUUACCAGAGGCCGAGGUAGAUUUCGUGGCCGCUAUUAUGUGGAAGAACCAGUUGACGCUCGGGGCCACUAUAAUCUCGAUGGCGCUUCCGAUGCGAGAGCCUUACAGGAGGGUGUCACAGCGUGGCUUAGAGGUUUCCGCGAUGUGGAGGAGGAGUUGAGAUCGUCGCAGACUGCCGCUAGAUUUGCUCCAGCCAAGGACUUCAGAACAAUCCCAGAGGACAGCGACAAUGAAUGGGGUGAAUUUGAGACAGCCACUGGAGCAUGAUUAAUGGGUGUCCAACGCUGAUUGGCAUUGCCCAACCUUGGAUAUUUCCUGUCUUCGUUGCAUCCACCUGUACCUUCCAUGAUACCAUGUUUUAAUUCCUGCUGAUCACGGCGUUCAAUCAUCCAGUAUAGCGCCAGCAACAAUUGGACAUGCUCCGAUACCCUGGAUGUUGAUGGUCAUACAUAUUAGUAGUAC